AUCCACCACACGUCACAGCGCAUCUGGGCUUGGGCUCCGGUACCCCUUCCCCCCCGCGUCUCCCUCAGCCUCUCCCUCCCCCGAACUGCGGUCACAGUUCCCCGCCCGUGGACACCUCACUCUCGCUCCGCCCGCCCUUCCGCCCACACCACGAGGGUCGACGAGGGAACGCCGCCACUUGUUGACUCGCGAUUAGCUGCCCUGAGUUGACCCGAUUGUCUUCCGGUCAAGCUCUCUCGCGCGAGGUGACCCGACUGCCUUCCGGUCAAGCUCUUCCUGCCGGAGAAUCAUGCUGAGCAAAUUCCUGGCUCUGCUGGCGUGGGCGGGGCUCUACAGGGUGGGCCUCGAGAUCCUCAAUGCCGGGGCUCCUCUCCCCAGGGGCUCCGUCUCGCCUCCUGACGCCGUUGAUUUGACUUCAAGGCUUAUGCAACAGCUCGUGGACGGCUGGGUGAGCCAGGACGGGCGGCAAGUGGCGUACGCGGCCCUUGAGCAAAGUCCCUUCUACACGAGAGACUUUCAGGAGUUUCGCUCCCUCCUGAAGGCGAUGGACCCGGCCCGGAUGCAGGAGGUGGAGAGGAAGACAUUUUUCAUCAACCUAUACAACCUGCUGACCAUCGACGCCAUCCUCAGCAUGGACUCUCUCCCUCGAAGUACCCUCAGCGUGACGCAGUUCUGGCGACGUUACGGCUACCAGGUGGGGCCCUACACGCUCCAUCUGGACGACAUCGAACACGGCAUUCUAAGAGGGAACCGAGCUCACCCAACCUCUGGCGAUGUCAUGUUUGCCUCAGACGAUCCUCGCCGGGUCCUCACGCUUCCAGCUGAUCACCGCAUCCACUCCGUCCUCAACUGUGGCGCUGCGAGCUGCCCGCCCCUGGCCUCGUAUUUCGCCUCCGACCUGGACCGAAAGCUGGACACAUCCAUGGCCAACCUGUGCCGGGAUGGUGUCACGUCUAUCAAUAAGUCAACCAUCAUCAUCAACUCCAUCUUCGAGUGGUUCAGGAGCGACUUUGGUGCCACGGAACAAGAUGCUCUCAGAUUCCUAGCGACCUGCUCCGAAGACCCGGCCAGGAGCAGCGCCCUCAAUGCUGCUGCAGAUGGGAGGCGCCGCUACACCUACUACUACGACUGGUCUCUUAAUAAUGGGACCGUUGCGAACCGCGUGAAGGUGAGCGUGUACUUCGAGUCCCUGUGUUCUGACUCAAUCAAAUUCUUCAAGAACCAGCUCUAUCCUGUGUGGCAAGACCUUCAGGACAUCAUGGACCUUGAGUUCAUCCCCUUUGGCAAGGCCAGGGCAACUCCGACAGAAACGGGCGACUAUGAAUUCCAGUGCCAGCACGGACCCGACGAGUGUUACGGGAACCGCGUUAUGUCCUGCGCCCAGAACUCCCUCCCUAUUGGCACCCAGGUCGAAUUCUUUCAGUGUAUGAUGACCAAGCGGUACCCGGCGUUCUUUGGGAAGCAGUGCAGCGAGGAAGUGGGCAUCGCUUGGGCGCCCCUCCAGGAGUGCGCAAAGAGCGUGAGAGGCGCCGUCAUGCUCUACCAGAACGGCGUCCGCACUGCCUCGCUCAAGCCUCAGGUGCACUUCAUUCCGACCAUCACGAUCAACGGGAGGUAUGACAACCGCCGGCUGCGCGUUUCCCUCAUGGCUUUGAGGAGUCAGAUUUGCGCCAGUUAUGACGGACCGCCACAUCAGAACUGUUUGUAGAUGACUGACCUUAUCCUUCAGGUGCCGUAAGGACCGUCACCUCGUUUCCCUGGGAUAAUGUGCAGUGUAAGUGUGAUUCCUU